AAUUUUUUUAGUUCUCUUGAGAGAGUCAUGUGGGCACGAGAGUUGGUUCAUUACAAAAUCGGUCGCCUACAAUUCCCGCGCAACUGGUAAAGGAUACUUAACUGCGGUUUGAGACCAUUGAAAUCGAUCGCCAUAUCAGUCUGCUUCCUACAGUGAACCUAAAAGUGCCACAGAAGGCUACCAAGAGAAAGCAGAAAGCAGUAAGCAGUAAACGUAUCUUCGUCGUUUCCGCAUCAUCCCGAUCAGCUUUCGUAGGCGGAGGAAAUUCAUUUUCAUUCACAAUGAGCUGCUUGAAAGUUGUGGUUUACACGCUCGCCGUCACCGUUUUGCUUGGAGAAAAUGAAGCAAGCUCAAGCAACGCUAGCUUACAGACCUCCUCGAAAAGUGAGACCAGCAUGGCCGGCUCAAACUCGGUUACCUCAGCCAGCGUGAAGGCUUCCCAGUCACACAGAGCAUCAGCAACAGCCGAACACGCCACAGCUAAUGUCUCUACUUCUGUUAGGAAAUCCAUUAAUUUGGAUUCUACUUGGGCACAAGUUGUGUUUUCCACAUCAGUGAAUCUAUCAGCUACUGUCACAUCCAUAAACACCGCCUCUGUUGUUGAGACUUUAUCUCCCUCUGUGAGUCAGAGAAGUGCCUCAGCCGUCUUGAACGAUUCUAAUAUGCACCAAUCACAAACCACUAUCUCCCGAUCAAUGACAAAAUCACCAACGGUUUCACCAACGAAGGGUGUGGACAGCUCAGUAACCUCGUCCACCUUGACUCUUUCUCAGUUUGUGAAUAGUGGCCUUAACUCUGUAAAUGUUUCUAGAACCUCUUCCAGCGCUCAUUCUUCGGUUUUCUCCACAAUGUCAUCACGUUAUGACAGCCCCCUUCCUUCCUCCAGCACAGGCUUCAUGGGACUGACAAAAGUUUCAUCCUCCACGACUGCUCGAGUUGCAUCAAAUCAGAUGCCUUCUUCAGUGUCCAUGCUAUCGGCAUCAGGUCAAUCGUCAGAGAAAAUCGUCAGAGUGUCAUCUUCUGCAAUAGUACAAUCCUCCAAUGUUGACCAGUCUACCCUUGUCAAGAGCUCCUCAGUAGAUGGUAAGUCGUCUUACGGGAGAUUGAUUACCAUGACAACACAGCAUCUCGAGAUUUCCGUGACAAUGUCUAUGAAAAACGCAACCAAUUCGGUUGGAGUUAACGCUACACCAUCGUCUCAAAUUAUCCCGCUCAGUACCUCUGAUGUAAAGCCACGCCCAACUCUUCCACCCCAAGGAACUAAACUGAUCAACAUGGAAGUGACGUUUAAUUUGGAUUUUAUUGAGGAAUAUAACGAUCAAAGUAGUCUGGAGUACAAGUCAUUGGUGAAGAACCUAACGAGAACCUUGGAAAACGGUUUCAAAAACCUCGAUGGCUUUGUUGGUGUCAGGAUUGUCUUCAUAAAGAAAGGAAGUGUAGUUUGCAAUUACAUUGUCAUUCUAGCCAAAGAUUCCGGGGUCGAUGGGGAUGAUUUAAAAAAAACUUUACAGGAGGCAAGCGAAAAUGGAAAAUUAGCAUACAAAGUAAAGAAUAUUGAUGUCAAAGAGGAGGCAACAACGGAAACUGUGGAAAAACUACCAGAAUGGGCCUUGGUUAUCAUGAUUCUACUGGGAUGUCUGUCGCUUGUUUUCCUUAUAACUAUGAUCUACUUCUGUGUCAAAUACAGAAGAUCCAUCCUUGGAGACAGUGACAUGUAUUUCAUAUCCAGUGGGGAAGUUGGACAUGUGCAUACUUACGACAGAGUAUCCGUAGGAGAAUAUAAUAAAAACCGAGGCUAUCAAGGUCAAAAAUCUGCCAUAGAUAGACGGGUGAUCGGAUCGCAUACAAAUCCUACCUACGGUGCCAAUGGUGCUUUGGGAGACUAAGAGUUGGAAGUCUUCAGGUCUUGGUACUUGCGUUUGAGCAUUUGGCCAAACGGCUUUAGUCAACUUCAAGUAGAAAUAGAGCGGAACAUGAAACGAUUAUUCUUGUUUUGUGGUAGUUACUUUUCGAAAGCGUGAUGUAAAAAAUUUUUAAGGUGUAUGUCAAGCCACUAUAAGAGAUUACCGUCAUGCAGGAACUCGACAGCACAGUGAUUCAAAUGGUUGUUAGCUGCAUUAGAACGUGGGUGGGGGUUCAGAUCGAUUUUGCUUGAACGCUGCGCGUGUAACAUAAUAUAGCAUAAAUUGCAUUUUGUAGGGUUGAAAUAUAUGAUGAUGAUGAGUUUAUAGAGAUUGAUAAAAAUGAACAGUUUUCCUAUAUUGCUGGAGCAUUUUAGAUUUUCCUCGCUGCACGAGAUUAGGCGGAACCAAUUCAUCUGACAAGUGCAUUGAUAAAUAAAA